ACCCCGGCGCCGUCAGAAGUGUUUGAACCGCCGGUUCCGUCGGACCUGACAGGACAACCGAGGAUGGAUCAAGAGCCGGAGAGAGAACCCAGACGCAUACGGGAGGGGUACCUCGUGAAGAAGGGCAGCAUGUUCAACACCUGGAAACCGAUGUGGGUGGUGCUCUCGGAAGAUGGGAUCGAGUACUUCAAGAAGAAGACGGACGGCAGCCCGAAAGGGAUGAUCCCUCUGAAAGGAAGCACCCUUACGAGUCCCUGUCAGGAUUUUGGAAAGAGAAUGUUUGUCGUCAAGCUCACCACCGCCAAGCAGCAGGACCACUUCUUCCAAGCCUCCCACCUCGAGGAGCGGGACGUCUGGGUCAAAGACAUCAAGAAAGCCAUCCAGUGCAUCGAGAGAGGCAAGAGGUUCUCCAGGAAAUCGACUCGGAAAUCUAUCAAACUGCCUUCGUCGAUCAACCUGGGGACUUUGUAUCUCUCAAUGAAAGACCCGGACAAAGGAAUAAGGGAAAUGAAGCUGGAAAAAGACAAGAAAAUCUACAAUCACUGCUUUACAGGUUCCUGCGUCAUCGACUGGCUACUGUCGAACAACUCUAUCCGAAACCGCCCAGAGGGUCUCGUGCUGGCGUCUGCCCUGUUGAACGAAGGAUAUUUUCAGCCUGCCGGGGAUGCUUCCAAGAGUGCGGCAGAAGGCUUGGCGGAAUCGUCUUUCCUCGAUCACGAAGACGCCUUCUAUUACUUUGCCGACAGUGGGUUCUUCUGUGAAGGAAACUCAAGCGAUGACGACGCAGUCCUCUGUGAAGAGUUCAGAGGCACAGUGAUCAAGCAGGGAUGUCUACUGAAGCAGGGGCAUCGGCGGAAGAACUGGAAAGUGCGGAAGUUUGUGCUGAGGGAGGACCCUGCUUACAUCCACUACUAUGACCCUGCUGGGGGAGAAGAGCCUCUGGGAGCCAUUCACUUGAGGGGCUGUGUGGUGACCGCAGUUGAAGACAACCCCAAUGGAAAGAAAAAUGAAGUGGAAGGAAACCUGUUCGAAAUCAUCACCGCCAACGAAGUCCACUAUCUGCUGCAAGCAGCCGCUUCUGCCGAGCGUACGGAAUGGAUCAAGGCCAUUCAGUUGGUUUCCAGGACUGGGAAGUAAAAUAAAAGAAAGGAAAAAGCCACCCACUGAAGCAAAGGAAACAUCUUGUGUCCAAAGAGAUUUUUGUGUGUUCUCUGCAAACUUGGUCCCAGGGUGGUUCCAGGUUCACUCCCCCCCCCUUCCAAUAGUCUGGCCUAAAAUCCGCAUAAUAUUUAAUGUACAAUAUUUAAUAUGUCAUUGCUUCUCUGUUACUACCACAUCAACCCCACCCCCCAUUUUCUUCAAAAAACUAAACAAACCAAAGGGCACAUUCACAGCC